GCACAUUUUAGAGGUUUUUCCCUCCUUAUACUCCCUCAGGCUUGUUAAAUGGAAUCAUUACCAAAAGUGGAUGAGCCGUUUCCUGCACCUCUGCCACACUCCUUACCAGAGGGAAGUAAACCAGAUCAAGAUGUAAAAGUCUACAAAGUCCACUCACCUUUCACCCGUCCACCACCACAACUGCCUUCUUCGUCCUUUUCCUCAGCAGUUUGCCUGCCCAACCAAAUGCUCUCACCUCUACCAGUGUAUGAUGCCCCUUCACGUACUCCCAGGGCAAAGUAUGUGAGCUAUGAACCUGAGCUGCGACGCUCUCCCAGUCUGGCAACAUGCCCGUCCUGUCGGACUGAGGUCACCACACAGGUCACCUUUAAAGCUGGGACUUUCGCGUGGGUCAUGUGCCUCGUGUUUGUGUUAUGCGGGUUGGUGCUCGGCUGCUGCCUGAUUCCUUUAUUUGCAAACCACUUCAAGGACGCCUACCACACUUGUCCCCGCUGUCGACUGGUUCUACAUGUGCACAAGAAGCAAUGCUGCGAGUGAACACACACUACUGGAGAAGAAAAAUGGUUUGGAUACAAGAGCACGCACAAGUUCCUGUUAAAUA